UUGAAUAUUGAUGAUACCACUCCACAAUAUAUAAGCAAACCCGACUCAUCAAUUCUAUCGAUACCAUUAAUCACAACAACAACGGCAAUACCAAGCGAUCAGAGUGAUCAGGCGAUUGGGAAUGGAAAAAUAAGCGAGAAAAAUUCAGGAAUCGUUGAAAAUUUGAAUAAUAAGAAAAAAAUUUUCACGGGUUAUGGUGAGAAAUUUGAUCGUUUCGUUGUUGAUGAAAGUGAACCUUUGGGCAAUCCAUUUGUGGAGAAAUUCACUCGGAAAGGAUUAGACUGGUCGAAUGGUAAUCUAAAAUUAGUGAACGUACAAGGCAGUAAACUAUUUGGCAGUGAUUUAGCAUUCCGUGAUCGAAGUGUUGACAUUCCUUUGAGAAGUUGGUUCGAUGUUUUGAAUUCGAUGUUCGUUACAAAUGUAAAUACCUCAUAA